UACACACGUGUGAGGGGGUUUAGCGUGGUUACUUCUGCGAGUGUCUUGAGGCUGGCGGCUACUUCCCCCUUGCCCUGUUCGCCGCACGAGAAGGAAGAGGAAAGAGGCCGACUCGGCUCAAGGCUGUCAUGGCUGCUCCCGCGGAGCCCUAUUACUUGGGAUGGGACUUCAGCACUCAGCAGCUGAAAGUAGUUGUUAUAGAUGAACAACUGAGAGUCAUCCAUGAGGAUAAUGUUAAUUUUGACAAAGAUCUUCCAGAAUUUGGCACUCAUGGUGGUGUCUAUGUUCAUAAGGACAGACUGGCGGUGACUUCUCCUGUAUUGAUGUGGGUCAAGGCCCUGGAUUUGAUCUUGGAAAAGAUGAAGUCCUCUGGAUUUAACUUCUCCAGAGUCAAAGCUCUUUCUGGAGCUGGACAGCAACAUGGCAGUGUCUACUGGAAGGAAGGUGCGAGAUCUGUUUUACAGAACCUAUCGCCAGAUCUUCCUUUACAUCAGUCACUGAAGUCUUGCUUUUCUGUCAGCAACAGUCCUGUUUGGAUGGAUUCCAGCACAACUGUUCAGUGCUGCUCCCUAGAAAAAGCUGUCGGAGGGGCUCAGAAACUUGCUGAGGUCACUGGCUCACGAGCUUACGAGCGUUUUACAGGAAACCAGAUAGCGAAGAUUUACAGCCAGCACCCCGAAGUCUACGCACAGACCGAGAGGAUCUCUUUGGUCAGCAGCUUUGCAGCCUCCCUUUUCCUGGGGGCUUAUGCUCCCAUCGAUUACAGUGAUGGUUCUGGCAUGAAUUUACUGCAGAUCCGUGAGAAAGCAUGGAGUUCUGUCUGUCUCGAUGCUUGUGCACCCGGAUUGGAAAAAAAAUUGGGUCAUCCUGUACCAUCCAGCAAAAUACUGGGUUCCAUUUCGCCAUAUUACGUUCAGCGCUUUGGAUUUAAUCCUGGCUGUAACGUCCUAGCAUUUACUGGAGACAAUCCAGCAUCUCUGGCAGGAAUGAGGCUUGAAGAAGGGGACAUUGCAAUUAGCCUUGGCACCAGUGAUACGUUGUUUCUCUGGAUUAAAGAGCCAAAGCCUGCUUUAGAAGGUCACAUCCUCUGCAGUCCUGUUGAUUCCCAAGCCUACAUGGCCUUGCUGUGUUACAAGAAUGGCUCUUUGAUGAGAGAGAGGAUUCGAGAUGAGCUUUCCUCUGGCUCGUGGGAAGAAUUCUCCAAAGCUCUAGCAUCUACAGCUGUUGGAAAUGAUGGAAACGUGGGUUUUUAUUUUGAUGUGAUGGAGAUUAUCCCCGAAGCUGUGGGAAUUCACAGAUUCAGCACGCACAAUGACAGAAGCCCAACAUUUCCCAAGGAAGUGGAGAUACGGGCCUUGAUUGAAGGCCAAUUCAUGGCUAAAAGAAUUCACGCUGAAAAGCUGGGAUAUCAAAUCUUGCCAACAACAAGAAUCCUGGCUACUGGCGGAGCAUCUUACAACAAAGCAAUUUUACAAGUCUUGUCUGAUGUGUUCAGUGCUCCAGUUUACACUAUUGACACUGCUAAUUCAGCCUGUUUAGGAUCUGCUUACAGAGCAAUCCAUGGACUCAGGGCAGAGACAAGCGUGUCCUUGGCGGAUGUUGUGAAAUUAGCACCAGGGCCCAGAUUAGUUGCCACUCCAACCGUUGGCGUGGCUCAGGUCUACCAACCUUUGCUUAAAAGAUACAUGGAACUUGAGCAGCAAAUACUGAGCAGGCUAAAGUAACAUCUCACAAGAGAGCCAAACAAUGAAGACUUUGUCCUGCUUGAACAAAAAGCAAACUGAAGAUCAGAAGAAACUACGCCUGAAAUUAUGUAACACAUUCCUUUGGUUUUUAUACCUAAAAUGGAGAGGAUUUGAUUUGAUUUGUUAACUUGUAUGAUACCUUGAUCUCUUGAUCUGCAAGAUGUGGUUUUCCAAAGUCCAUAAGCCUAUCCAUGUUGUCUUUUUAUUACUACCAGCAUAGUAUUGGGGAGUAGAAAAGAAUUCAUGAUCACUGCAGCCCAAUCUGCUAACCUGAAGUUGUGUAGCAGUCCCAAUUGUGACCCAAUAAGCCAAAUAAGUUCAUAUCUAUCUAUCUCCCAGGCAGAAAAACAACAAAGGUUUAUUGAGGUUCUGGCAGUUCAUGGUGAGUGGCAUUUGCCUUAGCAGGUCAUAAGUUGCACCUUCUCCCACCAUGCAAGUGUGAAAUCCAGGAUUCUGAGUAUCUUGGGGCAGAUGUACACUAAUGGUUUAUAAUGCUAAGGAAAGGUUCUGAUAACUUAUUGGGUCACAUGAUGCUCAGUUUCUUACGUUUUAUCAUCAUUGUAUUCUCCCUCAUUCUUUCAUUUUAUUCAUUCCGUUGUUACGUUUAAAUACCGUUGAAAGUGUUUGUACGUGCCCCCGUACAUUGUAAUAGCUUUUUGCUGACUGACUUUUGAAUUGUCGCUUGUCAGCCAAUCGCUUUCAAGGGGGCGUGGAAACUUCCUUUCGGCGCCUAAAUCAGAGCGCAGAGAUAGCACUAAAUGGGGAGGAGAAGAGGAAGUGGGUGGAGCACAGAACAAACCAACGCUGGGAACCUCAAACGUACAGCGUUAGAAGACACAGUGAGGGAAUCUACACGUC